GGAAAAUGAUCAAACAACAUUAUAUUGAUCAACUGUGAUUACGUCAUAAAUUGCCAGUCAUUAUGACGUUGAGAUUUACUUUGCAUACAUACUAUACGUCAUGAUACUGUGACAUCACAAUGUUAUACAUUAUCAUUGAUAUUGUGUAGUAACACGCAUUCUGUAAAUCAAAGAAAUCAACAUGGGGUUGUUUCAGAGUUGUUUGGCUAGAAAUAACAAAGUCGGUGUCAUGAAAGAGGAGAAAGAAGUGUACGAUAAGGUACGCCGUACGAUGGUAACAGAGGGGGUGACGGAAAAGAAAGGAGGGGUAGCAUUCGGUCUGACCUUUGUGUCGGAGGAAGCCCCAAAGAUGCCGCCUCGCAGACUGAUGGAACUCAAAAAAGAGGAUCCCGAGAAAUGGAGAGAAAAUCAAGGAAAGAUUUUGGCAAGGAAACAGAUGCUGGCACAACAAAAGAGAGAGGAGGCCCGCAUUCAGAAACAGAUUGAAAAAGCCCACAAAGAAAUGGAGAGGCUUGAAAAAUACGUCAACCUUGGUGUUGAUUAGAUCCAAUCAUUGAAAAAGACAUCCCUGCUGUCUUUCAACUUGAUACCCAAUCGCUCUAAUUUAAUGUUUGACUCUUUAAAUAAGUGUGAGGCAUUUUGUAGGAAAAAAUCUGUCUUUCUACAUUUGAAGGACAUCAUGGCAACAAACGAUAUAAAUGUUUGCUGUUUUUAAUUCAUCAGCAGUUCGAUCAACUCCGUUUUCAGAUGUUCACAAGCCUCAACGCAUUAAAUAUUUAUACAAACGUAAAUAAAUCUUUGUAUAGAGCGUGUUAUCUUCUGUGUUUGU